AUACUGUUGUGCUUCCACCUGACUUCUUUCCUACUUGCGUCACGAAAGUGUUAGUCGGCUUGUCCAUCAUACCUCUGCACGUGUCGCUUCAUAGCUGCCUCAAUCGGCUGGUGCUCUAAUGGCCAGCCCUCCGCUGCUACGCAGCUUGAGGCUGGUGCUCAGCAACGGUGCCUCCAUCAGCAUCCCAUCGGUGCUCCGGCGUGAGAAGCCUUACUUCCUCAACUUUGACGUGUACAACCACAGCCAGUGGCGGCACUCCAUUAAAGUGGAGGCAUCAGCGGAGGAGGGCGACCAAGCGGCACCUGACCGCACCCGCGGCUUCUACGCUCGCUUCCAGAAGCAAGGCCAGGUGAAGCAGCAGCAGCAGAAACAGCAGAAGCAGCAGCGCCAGAAGCAGCGGUGAGCGGCCAUCACCGCCGCAGGAGUGGCUCAAGACCUCCGUGUGGUGGGGGUCCAGGCCGCCUGGGUGGAGUGGGGAGCCAGUAAGGACUACUCAACUCCAUGACACCGAAUGGAGCAAGGAAAUCAACAGACACGCAGACAGGCGGGCGGCCAAGUGCAGUCCGAUGGUGGCGUCAACAACGGCAGCAUCAAUCGCAGCCGGGGUGUUCGGCUGGUUGCUGGGAGCACCGGCGGUGGAGCAGUGAGGGCAUGGCCUCGGAUUGAGGAAAUGGGCAAUGCAUGGCCUAGACUGGAAGGGCGGCCCUGGCUGGAAGCACACCCCUGGCCCCGCCCACGUGCACGGGAAAGAGAAAGCGAGGACUCAGACCGGGUGUUUCCAACAGCGGCAAGUGAACCCACGUCCCGGGUACUGCCAACCAUGACGAGCGAACCCCUAACCCGGGCGCUGCCUGCUUCUGAGGGCGAGCCUGCCUCCCGGGCGCUGCCCUCUGUGGCUAGUGAGCCCGUGUGCCGAGUGCUGCCAGUUGCGGAGGGCGAGCCGGGCGCCCAGGUGGAGUACGGCUGGAAGUCGUGGCCGAGGCUGGACGGGCGGCCCUGGUCGGGGGAGCGGAGGCUGCGGGCGUCCUGGCCGCCCCCUGCGGGCGCGCCCAGCCGCCCCCCUGAUGCCCGGACGGGGUGGCCGGGGCUGCUGGACAGGUUCUGGCCGCGGCUGGAGCCCAAGAUGUGGCUGGAGGCGCUGUGGAAGGUGUUGAGGAAGAAGCAGGAGCCUUGUGAAUGAGGGAUGAGGUUAGGGGGCUGCUGUGCGUGCAAGUGGGGGCAAGGCAGGCAGGUAGGGUGGCUAGGAAGGGAAGCCCUGACUAAGGAGGUGACCAACUGGGAGGAGUGUGAAGUGGGCGAAUUACAUGUUUGGUGCUUUUUUAGCUGCUGGUAGGACACUGCGUGCACGCAGCGGUGGGUCGGCGGCGGUGUGCUUGGAGCGACUGAGUAGCACCAGGGUCCUCCACUGCCUGGCGGUGUGAUGGCACACCGUGCGGCUCACAGUGCGCUGAGUGGGUUUCCUGCACCCUCCUACAUACGUGCGCGGUCGGUGCCUGACAGCUCAGUUGGGUGGGUCACACGGCAC